CCUCCGUUUGGUGUUUUCGUCGAUGUGGUCAGUGAAUGUAAAAAAAGAACACAGUCGUAGUUUAAGUGCCAAUUUGUUCCAAAAAUGUCGACCAUCGGAGCGCUGCACAAAUUCCAGUCCCGUUUAACGGAGCGCUUUACCUACGCCGCCAUGGAGAUUUAUAAAGAAGUGGAGCAUAUUGUGAGAGGAUAUCAGGAGGAGAACCAGCGUCUGCGCUUCUUGCUGCACAACAUGAGGAACUCUCCCAAUGUCGAAAACAAUAGAGUCUCUAUAUCAGCUACAGCUGUCAAAGAGCAACCUCCUAAGUUGGACUCUGCUAUGAAGAUUCCAGAGCCCUUGACUAAAACACCUCAAAUGGGACAUACUACAUUUGAGACAUUGGCCAACAUACCUGAAGAUGAGCCACCAGAAGAAUCCAAGCCACUGGCCAAUGUGCUUAAAGAGGAGCUGACGGAAAUACCUGUGUCACCUGCAAAGGUUUUCCAGUCCCUGGCCUACAUAUCUGAUGAGCAGCAAAUGGAAUAUGAUGGCAACUUGGCAGCAGAAGUAGAAAGCGAAGACAAUUGCAUCACGGAAGAGUGUCUUCAAAGUGAGGCCAAAGAUGAAGUCACUACCUCGCUGCGGGAUAUGACCUUUGGAAACUUCAACACGCCCAAAGAAGACCAAGGACCUCUGCAACUUCCAAACAACUCGUACAAAAAGAGGAGUAGUAGGGAGGACAAGCCAAAGAGGAAAAACGUGAUGACGACCAUAGCACUGAAAAAGGAACUUAUCGCCAAGUGGGAGAGGGGUACGCGGGUCUCUGACCUGGCUGUCCAGUACAAUAUGGCUAAGUCGACAAUAUCGACUAUACUGAAGAGAAAAGAAGCCAUCAAAGCUGCUGAUGUGGCAAAAGGGGUGAAAACACUUAGCAGCAGAAGAAGCGAUAAAGUGGAAGAAGUGGAAAAAGUUCUGCUGGAGUGGAUUACCCAUAAACAGUUGAGGGGCGACACGGUGUCAGAGACCCUGAUUUGUGACAAGGCCAGGGAGCUUCACAAUGCUCUGACUAGAGACAACCCAGGGGGCAGUGCUGACCAGUUCAAGGCCAGCAAGGGCUGGUUUUGCAAAUUUAAAAAAAGAAGUGGAAUCCAUGGCGUGCUAAGACCGGGGGAGGCUGCCAGGGCUGAAAAGGAAAGCAACCACAGAUUUGAAGACGAAUUCGAAGACUUGGUUGACAACCACGGCUUUCUCUCUUAAGUGUUUGUGACGGAACUGGAAGAGAAGAACACCUGCAGAACCAGACGGCGGAGACCUGAAUAUAAAAGCACUGCACGUGUACUAGUUUUUAAAAAAUUAAAAACUACACAUUUUGGAUUACCUGACAGUUUUGAGACGUGUGAUGGACCUGUUGACUCGUGCAAUACAAUCAAAGAGAAACCUUUCAAAAGGUUACAAAGAGGGCGGUGUGAUGCGAAACUGAGCCUUCGUACUGUCCAGAGAUUUGGAAGGCUUGGAAGCCAUCGUCCAUGGACCUGGAGAUUGAUAAAGAGUGCUGGCAAAUUGCAGUCUUCACGGGCAAAGAGAAUCUGCUAAGGAACUAUGUGAGAAGGAGGAACAAGAGUCUGCAGUCCAGUUGUGCAAUCUCACCUCCCAAGAUGCCGUCUGACCCCUCAUCCAAGUUAAGACGGCUGAAGACUGCAGAGAGCAGGAGACAACCCUGGUGUUUGCAAGAAUGGAGACCUACAAGUCUUAAAAUUGUUGAAGAGGAGUACUGCUUGAAUUCCUGAUGUAGUAAAAGCCAAGUUUAGACACCGGAACAGGGCGCCCGGAUUUACAAAUAUUAUAGCUACUAUUUUCCUACAAACCUAGAAUCGGUUUGUCGCAAGGCACACCUUUUACACCACUUUUUCUCACUUGAAAGGCAUGUAGCAUGUUAGAAUACUGACAUACAGACAGAAACCUGAAUUUAGGACUGUGAAGAAAUGGUCCAAGGAAUCCAAGCAGUGAGUCAAAGGAUGGUACAGAUUGCAGUGACUUUGAAGAAGUCACCGUGACAUCAUGCCUCAGCUUCUGUGAGAACAUGUAUGUGCAGACUAGGACCUUCUGCACAUACUACAACAAUCCCUGGUUUAAGGAGUGGGGAUGGGCUACUGUGCUAGCAGGCCAGGAACCAACUGGCGAAGGAGAUCAGGGUCGCUAAAAUGAGCUCCACUGAGAAGCUAAAACAAUGUUUCUCAUCUAACGAAGCCCUCAGAGGUUUGGAAAUGCCUGGGAGAGGUCACCCAAACCCCGCCCUGCAGCAACAAUGGACAGGCUGGGGACCUGAACACCUUCUACUUCUGGUUUCCACAACCAUCACCCCCCAAAAGUCCCUCCUUCUCAACCCACACCUGCACUGACCAUCAAUUAAAAGGAUAUGAGCCAACUCUUCCAGGAACCAAAGACCAGAACGGUUCCAGGACCAGAUGGUGUGCCUCCCCUCCUGCCUGAGCGUCUGUGCUGAUCUUCAACUCAUCACUGGCGCUGUACGAAGUGCCCUCCUGCUUCAAAGGCUCCACGACCAUCCCAGUCCCAAAAGAAAGCUGCCAUCACAGAACUCUAUAGACCUGACAUCCGUGGUCAUGAAGUCCUUUGAGAGACUGGUGCUGCGCCACCUAAAGGACAUCACAGGCGCCCGGCUGGGUGCCCUGCCGUUUGGGUAAAUUGGUUGAUGGAGAAUGCAGUCAUCCAUCCAUCCAUCCAUCCAUCAUCUUCCGCUUAUCCGAGGUCGGGUCGCGGGGGCAGCAGCCUAAGCAGGGAAGCCCAGACUUCCCUAUCUCCAGCCACUUCGUCUAGCUCUUCCCGGGGGAUCCCGAGGCGUUCCCAGGCCAGCCGGGAGACAUAGUCUUCCCAACGUGUCCUGGGUCUUCCCCGUGGCCUCCUACCAGUCGGAUGUGCCAUAAACACCUCCCUAGGGAGGCGUUCGGGUGGCAUCCUGACCAGAUGCCCGAACCACCUCAUCUGGCUCCUCUCGAUGUGGAGGAGCAGCGGCUUUACUUUGAGUUCCUCCCGGGUGGCAGAGCUUCUAACCCUAUCUCUAAGGAAGGCAAAGCUCUCAAUUUACCGGUCGAUCUACGUUCUCAUCCUCACCUAUGGUCAUGAGCUUUGGGUCAUGACCGAAAGGAUAAGAUCACGGGUACAAGCGGCCGGAAUGAGUUUCCUCCGCCGGGUGGCGGGGCUCUCCCUUAGAGAAUGCAGUCAGCCACACCCUAAAUCACCUCGACUCCCCAGGAUCCCGUUUGUGGACCAUAGCUCUUAUCUGCAUUGAACACCCAUCUUGAUUACCCUGCACCAUAAACCCCACCUGUCAGUGAAUCACCAACUUCCUGACUGAGGAGGCUGCAGGUAAGGGCUUCCAAUGCUUUUCUCCCUCGACACCAACAACCACACCUCGGGGGAUCCUUCUGUAAAACUCUUGAAGUUCGCAGACGACACAACCGUCGUCAGUCUCAUCCAGGACGGUGACGGGUUCCUACGGACGGGAGGUGGAACAGCUGACUUUCUGGUGCGGUCAGAACCAUCUGGAGGUGAACUGUGGAGAUGCCAGCACACCCCAACACAGUGUCUACUGGGACUUCUUCUGAGUUCCUGGGAUCCACAAUCUCACGCGACCUGAAGUAGACAAAAUCAGAAAGAAGGAUGUACUUCUUGCGUCAGCUCAAUAAGUUACAACCUGCCCCAGGAUCUGUCGAUUAUGUUCCAGACCUCCAUCGUUCAGUAUGACUUGUGCAGCCUCCAUCACUGUCAAGCUGGACAGACACAGAGACUGCAAGGGACAAUGAGGACUGUAGAAAAGAUCAUCGGUGUCCAUCUUCCCCCACAUCCAGGACUUAGACCGGUCCAGGGUCAGGAAACGGGACAUUAGCAUCAUUGCAGUCCCGUCAGGGGUUAAAAAUGGCUGUACGCCAAAACAAGCCAUCAUAAAGAACACUUUCUUCUGAUGAGCCAUGUGGAAUAACACUGAAACUAUUCUGUCCCUGAACGUACUAAAUCAUGAUCACGUCAUUACCUUUUUUUGCUCUGUUCACCGCUGCACUAUUAUUUAUUAGCCUUGCACAUUUUAGUAACUUAAGCACUUGUUUAUUUAUUGUUUACAUUGAACAAAGAGAGCACAGACUAUCAAGUCCAAUGUCUUGUGUUAAACAUACCUCGCCAAUAAAGCUGCUAAUGAAUU